AGCACCACUCUCUGCAUCCUGCUGAGGUUUUCAAACCGUCCAAUCUCUGGGAUGUUGGAGGAGGAGGAGGGGGGAGACCGGACGCCAUCUUGUUUGUUUUAGUCGGAGGAGGAGGAGGUGGGAAAACAGCAACGGCCGGCAAAACGGGAAAUACCCAAAACGGCUUACCGGCCUGACACCCUCCCCUUUCCCCUUUCCCUUGUGGUGAGAAGGCGCCGAGACAAUGUUUUAUGCCCACUUUGUCCUCAGCAAACGUGGGCCGCUGGCCAAAAUCUGGCUGGCAGCCCACUGGGACAAGAAGCUGACCAAGGCACAUGUGUUUGAAUGCAAUCUGGAGAGCAGUGUGGAGAGCAUCAUCUCACCCAAGGUGAAAAUGGCUUUACGAACAUCAGGGCACCUGCUGCUUGGGGUGGUGAGGAUCUACCACAGGAAGGCCAAGUACCUGCUGGCAGACUGUAAUGAGGCCUUCAUCAAGAUCAAGAUGGCAUUUAGACCAGGUGUGGUGGAUCUUCCAGAGGAGAACAGAGAAGCAGCCUACAAUGCUAUCACUCUACCUGAGGAGUUCCACGAUUUUGACCAACCACUACCGGACCUCGAUGACAUUGACGUGGCUCAGCAGUUCAACUUGAAUCAGAGCAGGGUGGAGGAGAUCACCAUGAGAGAGGAGGUGGGCAACCUCAACCUGCUGCAGGACAAUGACUUUGCUGACUUCGGGGUGGAUGACCGGGAGAUGAUGCGGGAGGAGAGUGCGUUCGAGGUGGACAUCAUGGGAACGUCAGCUUCCAACCUGCUGCUGGAGGCUGAGGGCGGAGCUAACCAGAUGGCUGACAAGUCCAACCACCUGGAGUAUGACGACCAGUACAAGGACGACUUCGGAGACAACCCCAUGGAGAACAAUGAGGGUGGCAUGCUGGUGGACAAGCUGCUGAGUAAUGAGGAUGGGGGCGGCAUCUUUGACGACCCUCCUGCCAUCACAGAGAGCGUGAUGAUGCCUCAGGACCACGGAGACGAUGACGACGACUUUGACGCCCUCUCAGCGGGAGCUCCAGAUAGUCCAGAUUCGGGCCCAACAGAGCCCCUACCAGCCAUGGCAGACCAAGCAGAGCAGACCGCCCUGGUUCACAACGAGGAAGAAACAUUCGCCCUGGAGCCCAUUGACAUCACAGUAAAGGAGACCAAAGCAAAGCGUAAGAGGAAGCUGAUUGUGGACAGCGUGAAAGAGUUGGACAGUAAAACCAUCCGCGCGCAGCUGUCCGACUACUCCGACAUCGUCACCACCCUGGACCUGGCGCCUCCCACUAAGAAGCUGAUGAUGUGGAAGGAGACCGGGGGAGUCGAGAAGCUUUUCUCCCUGCCCGCUCAGCCUCUCUGGAACAUGAGGCUUCUCAAGAUGUUUACAAGGUGUCUGACACCGUUGGUGCCAGAUGAGCUGAGGAAGAGGAGGAAAGGUGGAGAGGCUGACAGUCUGGAUGAGUUCCUCAAAGAUCUGGAGAACCCAGAGGUGCCCAGAGAGGAAACUACAGGCCACCAGCAGAGAGACGUCAUGGACCAGACCAUCAUGGAAGAGGCCAGCGUGCUCCAGACCUCAGCCGUGGAGGGCAGCAGGACGACGCUGGACGAGUCAGUCAUGCCCCCACCAUCUUCCCAAAGAGGCCUGAAGCGCAAAUCUCAGGAUACAGAGCCAGCCCUGCCUAUGGGAGCGUUGGACCAGCAACAACAGCAGCAGCAGCAGCAGCAGCAGCAGGUGUCCAGACCCUGUAAUGUGACCCAGCAGCUGGAGGCGUCGUCCAAUGUGGACUUGCCCCCAGAGGAAACCACCACCACUAACAUCAGCCAGCUGAUAGAGUUGGACCUGCUCGCUGACAAGGACAAGAAGAAGAACGAUGACGACUCUGAUGAAGAGGAGGAGGAGGCGCAGGGAGGUGACCAGGACCAGGAAGAGAGGAGGUGGAACAAAAGAACUCAGCAGAUGCUUCAUGGCCUUCAGAGGGUGAUGGCCAAAACAGGGGCUCAGUCAGUCAGCCUGCUGGACCUGUGCAGGAACAACAACAGGAAGCAGGCAGCAGCCAAGUUCUACAGCUUCCUGGUGCUGAAGAAGCAGCAGGCGGUGGAGCUCGUCCAGGAGGAGCCCUACAGCGACAUCAUAGCUAUGCCCGGACCUCGCUUCCACAUCAUCUAGAAAACAAAUCAUCUCUGCAGUUUGAAAAGGGGAAAAACUGCACUCUGUACUCCUUACAUUUACUCAAUGCAACAAAAAAGUUUUAUUUAUUUAUUUAUGUGUGUGUUGACUUUGUUUUGGGUAUGAUAUGGAGUUCUGGUGAUACUGUUUUUAAAUGUUAUGUCUGCAAUACUUUAAUGUAAAGCAGUGAUGGGAGGAAACAGUACUGAAUAACAUGGUUGAAGAAAUUUAUUACUUGAAUAAUUCCACAGUGAGGUGGAGGAUUGCACCUCCAAACAAUGGAUUUUGCUAAAUUAGUAUUCUAAGAUUGUGUAUCUGAUGUAUCUGCACCUCAUUGUUUGGAGUUGCAAGAAGCUGUUACGUUGCACUUUUUUGGCACCAAACUUUAAAAGAGUCUAUUUUAAGACAUGUUUACAGCGGAAGACAACUGUGUGUUUGCACAGCGAUAACUCAAUCAACCAUGUCACUCAGAGACUCAUCUCUCCCACUGCUGCAGGAAAAAGAUCUCAUCUGACCUUAGCCAAAAGGAGCAUGCACUAUAUCCAGUUUCUGCAAGAGUACAGUUUAACAGUUACUAAAGUAGUGAUUUGCACACUCAACCAGCAGUUAAUCAUUAUACUAACUGUAGUGUAGCACUUUAAGCAUUACAAAUUCCCAAGUUGCUGUUUCUGCAAAUGCUUUGCUUGCAAUCAUCGACUGUUUACGCCUCACAAGAGUCAGCGGAGCUAUUGCUGUGUCCCAAAUCUGUACUACACACUAAUUCUGAGCAGGAUUUGAGUAUAAAGACACAAAAAAACAUUUGAUUUUUGAGCAUGCUGUUGUUGUACACACAUGCUGCUCUACUACAAUGCAACUUGAAAAGAAAAUGGAGACACUUCUCACAGCUGGGAAUAACUGAAAGUAAUUGUGGAUGGUAGUGAAGCAGCUCUAUAACACAUCAGAAGAAGUAUCGUCUGAUGGCACGUUGUAUUGUUUCCUAUUAAUAUAUAACAGUUUAGUAUGUGGAUUUCUUGCAAAAAAAAAAAAAAAUACAAUAAAGAUUAGUAUACAGUCCAUGCUGUAUAUAAUUGGUAUGUAGUAUUAAAUCGGGACACAGUUUUUAAAAAAUGUCUUCAUAGUUUUAACCUACUCAAUAUUCAUUUAAUGUUGUGAUAUAUAACAAGUAUAGAGAAUGAAUUGUUUUUUAUUUAAAAGUGAAAUUGAUUUUUAAUCCAAAGAAUGACUGGAACAAAAUCAAGUCUGAAUGGACACAUUUGUGAUGUGUGUCAUCGUUUGGACUCUAAACUCAUCGCACAACAAAAUACUACAGACUGAAUCUAAGAAACAAGUCACACAGUGUACAGUAUCAAGUAACAAGUCAUUGUGAUCACAUUUCUUCCUUGUGCUUUUGAAAAGACAGCUGAAUGCAUCGUUUUUGAUAUCCACUUCCAUAUACAGUAAACUGUAUAUCAUGUAAUGUCUGAGUAUAUCUUAGAUUUUAAACUAUGUGCCUGUAAACCUGCUUUUUUUAUUUUGUAUAAAAGCAAAGACAAAUCUUCUCAAUCUCAAAAAUAUUGCUGUGUUUCUGAACAGUUUCAGUCUCCUGCCUGCAAAUCCUGAGUCCCAGAAACUGUUGAAAAACUUUUCAAAAUAAAACAAAUUUUAAAAUCA